ACAACUUACCAAGACUGACCUUCGGCGCCGGAGAGCAAGGACGACACAACCAAAAUCGUCAUGGGAAAUGCUCUGAAUAACACGAAUUUAGGCGGUUUUCCCAAGGAGUACAACCCCCGAAUCCAUGGCGCAUACCAGGCUGAUAGAUAUUAUGGAACACCUGACAAACCUUUCUCUUCCUUGAAAGUGAAUGAGGUGUUUAAAUGGCUUAAUAGAAGAGACAUGUCCCUAACAGGGAUAGCUCGCUUUUAUUCCAGGAAAUUAUACUCUCAUCAAAGAAGGUACCAUCUUUCUGCUGGAAGUAAAGGAGUAGGCUUUGUCCACUUUGCUCUCUUCUUUUCUUUCUUGGGAUUCAUUAGGGCCUACAAACAUGACCGUCAUCUUGAUGAUGGUAAAUACCACUGAGCUAGCGCUGUGUCGGACCCUCGCAUCAGGGAAAUGUUAUCUAGACUUUACACAAGUGAAUCAUUAUUUCAAAUAAAUUGCUAGUGUUUUAA